UGGUUCUGGAGGAGGGGGCGCGGCUUUGGGGGGCGGCGCAUGCGCAGAGCGAUCGAAGGUGCCAGAAGGAUCCGGGCGGCGGCAGCAGCGGGCGGGGGGCGGCGGGACGGGCUUUCCUGAGGCACCCCGACCCCCCGCGGCACAUCCACACACCCCCUCCCCCAAUUCCCCCGCAUUCCCGCGCCCCCCCCCCAGCCCCGGCGCUGGAGUCCCUCCGUGCCCUCUCCCAGCUCCACUCCCCGCGGGGGGGGGAGGAGACCCGCGACCCCCCGGGGGGUUCCCCCAUGUCCCGACCCCCGGCGCCGUGGGAGGAAGAAGAAUGCCUGGAGUAUUACGGGAUGGUGUCGCUGCACCGGCUCUUCGAGGUGGUGGGGGCGCAGCUGACCCCCAGCGACGUGGCCGUGCUCUCCUUCCUCCUCGACGAAGCCCACCCGCCCUCGCACCCCCUGGACCCCUCGCUGUGGGGCGGCGAGGACGCCCCUGCCCCCCUCCUGGAGCGGUGGAGGCGGCGGCGGCCCCGGCGGCGUUCGGGGGACGCGGAGGAAGGGCGAGCGCGGCCUCGCGACGGCGUCGAGCUGUUGCUGGAGCUGGAGCGACGCGGGUUGUGCGACGAGGGCAACUUCCGGCACCUGCUGCAGCUCCUGCGCGUCGUCACCCGCCACGACCUGCUGCACUGCGUCACCCUCAAGCGGCCCCGCACCGUGUCGCCGGAGCGGUUCACCUGCGGCCCGGCCGUGGUGGGGAGUUGCCUGAAGGCGGCCGCCGGCGCCCAGCCCCGGCAGGAGCACUGGGAGACGGGGUCCAGCUCCGGGAAGCGGAAGCGAACGAGCCGAGGCCGGACGCGGCCGCCCCUCCCCCGCCGCCCUGCGCCGCCGCCCCACCAGGACCCCCCCGCCAAAGUCACCUGCGACAUCCGCCUGCGGGUGCGGGCCGAGUACUGCGAGCACGAGCAGGCGCUGCGCCGCGGCGUGGCCUCGCGCCGCCCCCGCGGGCCCGGCCGCCAGCUCGACGUCUUCGGGCAGGCCAGCGGCGUGCUGACGGCGCGGGACCUGGGCUCCCUGCUCUGCGGCAUCACGUUCUCCGAGCUCUCCUACCUCGACGCCUUCUGGGGCGACUACCUCAGCGGCUCCCUGCUGGAGGCCCUCAAGGGCGUCUUCCUCACCGAGGGGCUGCGGCGGGCGGUGGGCCGCGAGGACGUCCGCCUCCUCGUCAGCGUCGACCAGGACGACUACGAGGAAGGGCGGCGCCUCCUCCUCCUCGCCGCCCAAAGGGACCGGCCCCCGCUGCCUCGGCGAGGCGGGCGGGGGGCACCCCGGCCCUCCCCGCCGCGGCCCUGAGGGGAACGGGGGGGACCCCUCCCCGCCGCGGCCCUGAGGGGAACGGGGGGACCCCCAGCCCCUAACGCUGAGGGGAACGGGGGGACCCCCGCCAGGACCCCAGCCCUGAGGGGAACGGGGGGGGGACCCACACCAGGACCCCAGCCCUGAGGGGAACAGGGGGACCCCCCCCACCACAGCCCUGAGGAGAACGGGGGAC